CCAUAAACACACAUUCCUCUGCAGUCUCUGUGAGGGGCAGGCUCAGAGUGUGCUGGAAGCCUGGUGCUGUUCUUUAGUGAGCCUCGCUCCAGUCGUUUAGUCACACAGGGAAACCAGAGUAGAGACGGAGGAGGAAGAGCAAAGCAGUCACACAAGAGGAGGUCUGACGACACUAUCCGUAUGCACUGACCCUUGUAUUUAACACAUGUAGACAUUGACACAGUGCAUUGAUACACUGCAUUGAUACAGUGUAAAAAGGACCAUCUAUAUAAACACACAAGCUGUCACGGCGCAACACGUGUAUGCGGCGAGCCCUGGACGACUGGACUUCUGGCUGACUUCUGACCGGACACAUAGCGCUCCAGCAGCCCAUUACAAGAGUGUGUGUGUAAGUGUGUGUGUACGUGUGUGUGAGCACACCGGAGAUGCCCUCCAGACCUUCUCACAGUAGGAGGUCCAGCACGGGGAUGGAUGACACGUGUUCUACAUCGACUGGGAUCCGUACAGCCUUCUGAUCCACUAAAAGAACUACUGGCCCAAGACCGACCGCUGAACAGACGAAAAGUCAUCCAGCACCCAAGGAUAAAAGGACUUUACUUUUUUAACCUUUCCUCCAGGCUGGAAUGAUGUUGUGGAACAAGUUUGCCUGCCACUUGCUUUCGUUGGCAGCCCUACUGGUGGCAGUGGGCUGCAAUGGGGGGGAGCAUAGAAAAGGGACAGAUGGCAGUGCCAGCGGCGCAGGACAGGGCAGCACAGGUGGCAGCACGGGUAGCAGCAGCAGCAGCAGCGGUAGUAGUAGUGAAAGUAGUAGCAGCAGUAACCGGAGGUACCACAGAGUCCAGCAUGGGCAGUGCACCUACACCUUUAUCCUACCUGAGGGCGACAGCAGCGGAGGGAAUUCGUGCCGACAAGGGAAAGCAGCGACACAGUUUAACAGCGCCAAUGCGCUGCAGAGAGACGCUCCACCCCUGGAACAGGACUUCGCUUCCCAGAAGAUCCAACACCUGGAGCACGUCAUGGAGAACUACACUCAGUGGCUGCAGAAGAUUGAAAACGACAUAAAGGAGAGCAUGAAGACAGAGAUGGCCCAGUUGCAGCAGAGUGCCGUUCACAACCACACGGCCGCCAUGUUGGAGAUGGGCACCAACCUCUUGUCCCAGACGGCCGAGCAGACCCGCAAGCUAACGGAUGUGGAGACGCAGGUUCUGAACCAAACCUCCAGACUAGAGAUUCAACUGCUUGAGAACUCCCUGUCCACCAACAAGCUGGAGAAGCAGCUCAUGGUGCAGACCAACGAGAUCAGAAAGCUCCACGACAAGAACGGGUUCAUGGAGCAGAAGAUGCAGGAGAUGGAGUCUCGUCACCGGGAGGAGCUGGGGACGCUGCGGGAGGAGAAGGGAAGCCUGCAGGCUCUGGUGGGGAAACAGAGUGGGGUGAUCCGUGAGCUGGAGACCCAGCUGACCAGGGCCACAGGCAACAGCACCGCCAUGCAGAGGCAGCAGCAGGAAAUGAUGGACACAGUGCACAACCUCAUCAGCCUCUGCAACAAGGACGGAGUCCCAAACAGCACGAAGCGGGUGGACGAAGAGAAGAAGUUUCGGGACUGUGCCGAUCUGUACCAGGCUGGUUUCUACAAGAAUGGGGUCUACACCAUACAUAUUAAUGCCCAGGAGACCAAAAAGGUGCAUUGUAACAUGGAGACCGCUGGUGGCGGAUGGACGACCAUCCAGCGAAGAGAGGACGGCGGCCUGGACUUCCAGAAAACGUGGAAGGAGUACAAGACGGGCUUUGGGACGGUUUCUGCAGAGCACUGGCUGGGGAAUGAGUUUGUAUACCUGCUGACCAGCCAGAGGCAGUAUGCCCUCCGUGUGGAGCUCACCGACUGGGACGGACACCAGGCCUUCUCCCUGUACGACCGCUUUCACAUCGAUAGUGAGAAACGCAACUACAGACUGUUCCUGAAGAGUCACAGUGGGACAGCAGGCAGGCAGAGCAGUCUGGUGAUCCACGGGGCAGACUUCAGCACCAAAGACAUGGACAACGACAACUGCAUCUGCAAGUGUGCCCUCAUGCUCACAGGGGGUUGGUGGUUCGACGCCUGCGGCCCGUCCAACCUCAACGGAAUGUACUUCACCAAAGGGCAACACGUCGGGAAGCUAAAUGGCAUCAAGUGGCACUACUUUAAGGGUCCCAGCUACUCGCUACGAGCAACAACCAUGAUGAUUCGUCCGCUGGACUUCUCAUAGACACCGAGUGCGUCCAGAAUGGCACCCUAUUCCCCAUAUUGUGCAAUACUUUAAAUGAGUGCACUACAUAGGGAAUAGGAUGCCAUUUCAGACGCGACGUUAGAGUUUUUCCCCUACACUCUCUGUAAGGCCAAUGGGACAACUGUAUUAGGAGGAACGCUUCCUGCUUCACCCUGUUACUAUCGUCUCACCAUAACGACUUUGGAGUUUGUCCGGAUGGGAACUCUACACCACCUGGCUCUUGCUUGGUUAAUGUUACUUCAGAGUCAGCCUGGAAGUGUGGUUGGAGGGAAGAGGGCUUGUGGAACGAGAGAGGGGUCUCGUCUUAUCAUAGAGCUACACUGUGAGUGAUGAACUCCUUGCGAAGUCGGAGGACAAACUGCUUCGCUCUUUUUUAAAUAUUUGACGCAUGAACUCAAGUAGAGUUCAACUCUCACCCCAGGCCUGUGGACUCUCACCCCAGGCCUGUGGACUCUCACCCCAGGCCUGUGGACUCUCACCCCAGGCCUGUGGACUAUUGGGGUAGACUUCUCUCCUUUUUGGGAACUGACUGCAACAUUGCAACUUCGUCUGCAUAUGAAGACUAUAUGACAGACCACACGACUACCCAUAGACUGCAUGACAGGCUGCCUUCAGACUACAUGACUCCCUAUGCGCAUCUGGAAUGUUCUCACAACCAUAUGGGAGAAAAAGGCAUUUUUAUAGAGGUGUUGCACCAAGACAUUGGGACAUUGAACAAUGUUUUAUAUUUCAUGCUUUUUAUUCCUAUAUAGCCUAAUAAAUUUGGCAUGACGUGAUGUUGUUUUUACAUAAGUCACUCUGGAUCGUUUCUGGAGAGGAAAAGUCACAAGGUUCACCAUCAGUAUAAAAUGUUUUGGUCUUAUAUGUACUGCAGACUCCAAAGGCAGUUCUGAGAACAAGCCUGGCUCAGUCAAUGGUUUUGCUGCCACUUAUACAGUUGUUGUCCUGCCAGAGUGCGCUGAUUAUUUUCAAAGUUCAAAAUGCCACGUUAUUAUUGGAUUUGGCAACUGACAGAGAUUUAUCUGCAGUUGGUAUUGGCUGACAACCAAUGGCUGCCAAGGUUAAAAAUGUGGUGAUCUUCUUUCCUCAUUUAAAUAUUAAAAAUAAUAUACUGUAACGAAUACAUAUAUAUAUAUAUGUAUAUGAACUACUACAUCUACCCCCCGAAAGCGUUAAAGAAAUGGAUGGUGUUAUUAUACAUUUUCUGAGAGUUUUGGAACCCUUUGAACAUCAGAUGGUGAUUUUUCAUUUGAAAACACUGUACAGUAUAUAGUAUUUGGGUACAGCAAAGUGUAGAUGAUUUGAACAAUUCCGAACCACAUUUAAAAAAAAAAAACUACCUAGCCAUUGUGUGCGCUUGGAUCAUAGCUUCAUAAAUGUUCCUUUCAAAUGGUACUCCUCAGUUUGCUUUGCUUUUGCAAUGGUGUUUUACAAAAAAAAGAGGUUAUGUUAUGAGGUUAUGUUAUGAAUAAUCACCUUUUUUAUGACCGGAGGUGGCUACAGGGUCUUGACAGAAAUGUGGUCUGUCCAUAUUUUGAAACUCUAACCACUGACCAAAAGAUAAGUCCCAUUUUAUUGGAAACACCCCCACAACGUCCCUCGAAUGUGUCUUUGCUUAGACAUACAACCGCACUGAACCCCAGAUCCAGACAGGUUUUUCUCUUUCAUCAUUGCAGCUUAGAAACUGUUGUUUUGGCUGAGGCAUAAAAUGGAGGAUUCCUUUAAGUGUACUGUGUGUACUUGUAUUGCAUUACUACCAGCAUGAAACAACAAGAACGAAUGCACGGUUUAAUAUACAAUGUUACUGAAGGUGGGCUACAUGUUGAGGAAAGACACAUGGAACUUGUAAAACUAUGAAAUUACAUGUUUAUUAACAUACUAAAAGUGUAUAAUUUAAGUGUAUAUGUAAAAUAACUUUCCUGAGGAAAGCCACUCCAUUUUGUUUUUAUUCCUCCAGAACCACAGUGGUGUUCUGAAGUUGAGCUUAAACCAUAGAAGUAAUAUUAACAAGAGUUGAGAAACGUGCCUUAAAUGACUCUGCUUUUACCUCGUUAAACUAUAGAUUUGACUUUCUUUUUUGUAACAAGUGGUCGAAAUGUCAAGUUGUUAAACUAAAUAAAAAGCAUGUGAUGCACUAAUGUUUUCAA